AGGCCUACAAGUGUCCAGCAAAAGAAGUAGAUCGAGCUUAUGACCAAGAAGAUCCCAACGUGGCUAUGAAAGACCUCAUCAUGGCGAAGGCGACCCGAGCCUGUCAGCGCUUGGCAGCCCUGAAGCCCUCCGAGCUUCGCAGACGUGCCGAAGCCUUGGGUCUAGGACCUCGACGUGUCGCCCAGGCGGAGGACCAGCCGGAUCCCAAAGUGGCCUUCGUGAAGCUUCUUUUGAGGACUGGUCCGGCUCCGACGUCCGACGUCAGCAAGGCGCCGCUGUCACCACUGCCACAGACUCCCCCGGAAUAUGGAGAAAGCAGUCCAAAGUUCUCCCACAUGUCGAUGUCGCCGGAGGUCCACCAGGUCGGCGACGCAGCGGCGACGAGGAUCCAGGCCAAUGUUCGUGGUUCAGCCACCCGGCAGCGCUUGGCGCAGGAGGCGGAAGCCGCCAGCACCAUUCAGCGAAACGUCCGACAACAUCAAUCCAAAAGGAGAAGUAUCGACAUCGAACGCGACGAAGCGAAGGUGGCUGCUGCGAAACGUUCCACAAAGUUGCUGAAGGAAGAGCAGAAGGUGCUGCAGCAACUCAAGGCGGACAUGGCCAUUCUGAAGGCCCGAGAUUUGCGACGCCUGGCUGAGGACUGGGGCUGCGAAAGCUCCCAACUGCUCAGGGCAGAAGAAGAUGAACAGCCCAAGGUGGCCGUAAGGCGAUUGGUGCUGGACCGCGCGCGGGUCGUCACGGCACAGCUGCAGGAGCUGCCAGUGCCGGAACUCAAGCAGCGCGCCAAGGCAGCAGGUUGCUCCGAUGAGGAAGUGGAACAGGCCGAGGACGGCGAGGAGCCAAAGGUGGCGUUGUUCAGGUUGAUCUGUUCAGAUCUUUUGAAGCUGCAACAGACGGUCUCGGCUCGUGAGACCUCGGCAGCACUGCAGGUUCCGGAGCUGGCUCAUGCAUUCAUGGAUCUGAAGGCCGCCUUGGAGAAGCAACGCCCCAAGCAGUUGGCCAAAGUCCUUCGCUCCACGGGCUGCCGCCCAGCUGAGUUGCAGGAGGUGGAGGAUGAUGAGAAGCCAAAGGAGAGAAUGAAACAAAUGAUCCUGGAUUUGGCCCGCGAAGUUCUCAACGAAUUCCACGGCAUGACUGCAGGGCGGGUGCGCCCACAAGUGAAGGUCUCUGUCCUCGCAUCCACUGGGAAGAAAGAGACGGAGUUCCAAAAGCGACUCACAACAAAGCUCGUGGAUAAAAAAGGCGACAAGGUCUUGAAAGACCUUCGAGGUGAGAGAUUCAAUGUUCCAAAACUGAUCACCACCUUGGAGGAGGGGUCGGAGGUGGAUUGGUGGCCUUGGCAGGAGGUGGGGGAAGAGAUGGUGCCUCUGGCCUGGCACAGGAAGAUGUCGGAGCUGAAGAACUUCGCGGUGGGCAACGGCGUGUCCUCCGUGGAGAUCGAGGACUGCGCGGACGCGGAGAUGCCCAAAGUCGCGCUCACUAAGCUACUGCUCUCGCGAAUGCCCUUCCACCCCUCGCAGUUUUCCUCCACGCCGCGGAAUCCGCGCGCAGGCGAUGAAAUCUUCUCCUUCAACAUGGACCUGAACGACUCCGUGGACACACCUGAGAUUGACAAAAUGUCCGAGAUCGACAAGGCCUUUGUUCGAAUGAAGGUGGAGCUCGAAAAAAUGAAGGUCACCGAGCUGAAACAGAGAGCCUUCAUCUACGGGUGCACAGACGAGACGAUCGACGAUGCAUUGGACCAGGAGAAUCCGAAGGUGGCCUUGGGACAACUGAUCUUAGAAGUCGCACGGGAUGCCCGCGACGCGUUGUUGGAGAUGCGCUUCACUGAGCUGAAACAGGGCGAUGGCUGGUUCCCGUGGUUCGUUUUGCGGUUCUGCAUGACGAUUCGUCGCGUUUCCAAAGAGAUGUGGACGGACUUCCGACCUCAAAUUGAUUUAACACAGCUGACUUCUCUCUCUGACACCAGCAGUUUUGGCCAAAACUGCCGCACUGACCUCAAUUUCGUGGACAACACAUUCAUGACCCUGGAAAGUAUCGUCAGCCUCACAGCUGCUAUCUCCAUUGCCUUCAAUUACCUGGAGCCCGUCCAGGCUGAUUUGACUGUUGCGCAGACCAUGCAAGAAUCCCGCAUCGCUGAGUUUGACCAUAUCAUUACUGGCUGCAAAGCCCUGUUACAACAAUGUGGCCGGCCCCGCUAUUUGGAGUCAAUUUGGCUCUUGUGGACACAGCUGAGCCAAAGCCUUUACAUGAUGGAACGCGCUCUCUGGCCAGAGCAGGCCCCAGAGACGCCCUUGCAUAUAGCUCUCCCUCCUGAAGCCCGGCCGCUCAGUGAUAUUUUACUUGAUGUUUUCGACCCAUAA